AGCUUAUCAAUCACUGUCAAUCCAGCCGAACCGGCUCCGUACGACGAGCACCACCAUGUCCACAUCGAAGCCUUUCCCAGCGCUAAGUGGCGGCUGCGUCUGCAAUACCAUCCGCUAUAGGCUCCUUACAGCCCCGCUCUACUGCUACGCCUGCCACUGCAUGGACUGCCAAAAGCAGACAGGCAGCGCCUUCUACCUUAGCCUGAACAUCGAGUUGUACAACAUCGAGAUCCUAUCUCCAACGAAGCCUUCAUUCCUCAGUCGAGAAGUCAAGCCAGGCAUUGUCGAUCGGUAUGCCGAGUGUCCGCAAUGUCGUGUUCAGCUUUGGGCUAGUAACCACCUGAGUGAGGCAGUUGUUGAGCUGAGAGUCGGCACGUUAGACUUUCCGUCACUUAUGGAACCUGACAUUCACAUUCAUGUGGAGAGUAAAUUGGAUUGGGUCGUGUUGCCGAAGGGCGCGAAGAUGGCGCAAAGAGGCCAUGAUUAUAAGCAAUCGUGGCCCAAGAGCAGUCUCAAAAGAUUAGAUAUCUGCCUGAAGAGAGCGGAAGAGGUGAAGAAGAGAAGGGCUGCUGCGAUGAACGAGAGUGCUCAUGGAAUGAGUGGAGAUGAGAAGAAUGCGGAGGGAGUUGUGGCGGUUGAGGGAAGUGGAGAGGGUGACAAGACGCCUACCGCGGGCGAUGUUGGGGGCAACGAUGACGAUGAGGCCGAGGAUCAAAAAUUCAGAGAGACAGAGAAGGCAUUACUGGAGCGUUUGGAGCGUCUGAGUCUGAAGCUGCAGAAUGAGGAAGGCACGAAGAAGACGGUGGAUACAUGUCUUGAGGACUUGAAGAAGAGCUCAUAACACGGUGCAAAAGGUCGCCAAGAGCUUUGAAGAACGUGCGCAAUCUUCACCUUUUCACGGUGUCUCAAUUGCGAUUGAUAUGUGUACUGUAUUGUUUUUGCAGGUCGGGAUGAAAGGUUAUGAUGGCCUUGCUGCAUGUAGACGUAUUCGAGUAAGCGCUUCACCGGUAAGGCAGGUGGCAUAGCCUUCGCGUUUGCCUGUACAACUGAUGGUACGGACAUCAUGUCUUGCACUUCAUGGAC